ACCAGAGAUACCUGAAUGAUAAGACUUACAUCUGUUUUACACUGCAUAAAUAAACACCUACCUCAAAUUUCUUCUUCUCUUCUUUCAUAGAAUUCCCAGAGGAAAAUGGCAUCAGGAAAUCGUUCCACAGUGACUGAGUUCAUCCUCUCUGGGCUAACAGACAAACCAGAGCUCCAGCUGCCCCUCUUUCUUUUCUUCCUAGGAGUUUACAUGGUCACUGUGGUGGGGAACCUGGGCAUGAUCACACUGAUUGGGCUCAGUUCUCAUCUGCACACCCCCAUGUACUAUUUCCUCAGCAGUUUGUCCCUCAUUGAUCUCUGCUAUUCCACUGUCAUUACACCCAAAAUGCUGAUGAACUUUGUGACAGAGAACAUCAUCUCCUACCCUGAAUGCAUGACUCAGCUCUACUUAUUCAUUUUUUUUAUUGUUUCAGAAAGUCAUAUGUUAGCUGUGAUGGCAUAUGAUCGCUAUGUUGCCAUCUGUAAGCCAUUGCUUUACAAUGUCACCAUGUCUUAUCAGGUUUGCUCCUGGUUGGUAGUUGAGGUAUAUAUGAUGGGCUUGAUUGGUGCCACAGCCCACACAGGUUGCAUGCUAAUGGUAGUUUUCUGCAAGGCUAAAGUAAUCAACCAUUACUUCUGUGAUAUUUAUCCACUACUGGAGCUCUCCUGCUCCAGCACUUAUAUCAAUGAAGUGGUACUUUUGUGCUUCAGUUUAUUUAAUAUUCUUGCACCAUCCUUGACCAUCGUUGUCUCCUAUGUCUCCAUUAUUGCCAGCAUCCUGCAAAUCCACUCCACUGAGGGCAGGUCCAAAGCCUUCAGAACAUGCAGCUCCCACAUCUUGGCUGUUACAAUCUCCUACGGUUCUGCAGCAUUCAUGUACCUGCAGCCAUCAAAUGUCAGCUCCAUGGACAAAAGCAAAGUGGCUUCAGUGUUUUACUCCAUUAUUGUUCCAAUGUUGAACCCCCUGAUCUACAGCCUGAGGAAUAAGGAGGUCAAAGUUGCUCUUAGUAAAAUCAUUGAGAAAAGACUAUUUUGCAUUAGCAAAGAUUUCUAAUUCUUGGAGAAGAUUCAGUAAGGAAGGAGUCCAGAGACAGCAACAUAUAUACACAAGUAGUGAGAUUAUUGCCAACACUUGAUUAUUUGGAGGAAAGGUCCCAAAGAUAAGACUGGAUUCAUAGUGUCACAUGGAGGGCAGUCACAUGAAGGGCAGAGUCAAUUCUAGGAAGCCCCAGAGGUCACCCCUAGUAAUUCAUAUUACCUCUAGUCAUUUUUAAAAAAGAAAAUCUUCAAAGGCCUUCAUGUGGGGAAAUUAUAAUUUAUAUACAUGGGAAAUGGUACUUGGUUAGGUAAGGCUUACCUAUGUAAUUCAUAGAAAGAUCCUUUUGGUCUGUGUCCUUUAAUCUGCUUAAUACUUUGUGUAUUGGCCCUUAUUUACUAAUAAGUAUAGCAAUAAGCUGUUCUAAAAAAUUGUCUCUAAAAUAAAUAAUAUUUAAUUAUUUGAAAACUACAAAAUUCAAUCCCUACAGUUAACUAAGUGCAGAGAGCUUUACUAAGGAAGAUGGGGGCAGAUGAUGGAUAAGACAUGAUCCUGCCCACAAGAUGAUAACU